AUGAGUGCAUCAUAUCCUCCACCACCAGCUUAUGAAGACGUUAAUAAGAAGUCCGCAAACAAAGGAUCUAAUUCAAAAUGGCAAGCAUGGUAUAGAACACUAAUGACAUUAGAAUUCAAUCAAGAUGAAGCAACUGAAUAUGCAAAAUUGUUUGUUACAAAUGAAGUUGAAAUGAAUAUGAUACCUGAACUCAACGAUGAUCUUCUUAAAUCAAUAGGAAUUGAAAAAGCUGGACAUCGUAUCCGAAUUUUACGUUUACAAAAAAAAAGUCCACCUUCAACGCCAGUAACGACUCCAGCUCUAUCAGAUGUUACAAUUCCACGAUGUUCUUGGCAUCCAAAUGUAGCAGCUAAUGAAAAAUGUCGUAAAUGUAAUCGACUUGUAUGUUUAAAUUGUCGUCGAGUAAAAUCAUAUGAUGGCUAUGUACGUUAUUAUUGUCAAAACUGUUAUGACGAUUGUACAAUUCUAUAA